AUGCCUCGUUCCAAAUUUCCCUCUAGACAACCGCAUUUGUAUAAUCAUCUUGGCUCACAGUUUAAUUUGAAAAAUCUUGACUCGAAUUAUCGCGUGAUCGCAGCUGUGUCAUGGUUUGGCUUAAAAGAAUCAAUCUUAAAGAUAUGUAAAGGGAAUUCUUUAGCUUUGGUAUUAUUUAACACUGCAAUCUGGAAGUAUUUUGAUUUAUACUUACAGGAUGUGGAAACUUAUAUGGCUAAAAUGCGUGUUAGAGAGGAGUUGCUUGAUUUAAUCCGCAAGGUUGGUUUGCAUCUUGAAUUGGUAUAUCCUACUGGUAGCCUUUUCGUUGUGGGUUCAUCUAUCAAUGGUUGCGGCACAAACGAUUCUGAUAUGGAUCUUUGCUUGAAUUUACCUCAUUAUCAUACUAAGUGUUCAGGCUUCCGACGAUCAAGUUUGGAAGCGCUUGACUCAUUAAUGGCGUUUAUACUAAAGAACAAACCAGACUUUAUUAUAGACUGUGAAUUGAUACCUGCAUCGGUCCCUAUUCUGCGGCUGGUCUUAAGCGUAUCUUUCGGGCUAUUGAAAGUCGAUUUAAACGUCAAUAAUAUAUCAGGCAUUUAUAACUCUCAUCUGCUUCAUUAUUAUUCUAGCAUUGAUUCCCGCUUUCCAGCUCUUUGCGUUCUAGUCAAGCGUUGGGCAACUUGGGAAGGAAUAAAAGAUCCUGCAGUAGGGACUUUCAACAGGUCUCUUCCAUUUUCGCAUUCUUUAAGAAUCACUCAUAUCUUGUUCGAGGUGCAUUCUACGGAGACUAACGGCUUACUUGUUUAUAGUUAUACUUUAAAUCUGAUGGUCGUACAUUUCUUGCAAUGUGGAAUCGUCCCGCCCGUCCUGCCAAACUUGCAAAAACUGAUGCCACAACGUUUCUCUUUACAGCGCGAGUUGAGCUCGCUUGAGCUUUUUGACGAAUCGAUUAAACUUCCUGAAUGGGAAAUGAAUAAGUGCAGCGUUGGGGAACUUCUAAUUGCAUUUUUUGAUUAUUACUGUGAAUUCGACUUCAGAAACGACGGCAUAUCAAUUAGAAAGGGCUCUACUUUUUCUCGGUCCGUUUAUCAAGCUUUCCAAAUUUUGUUUCCUUCCAGCCGUUCCAGUGAAUCAAGACUUUUAUAUCAAUCACAAUAUCUACCACUGAGGACGAAAUGCUAUCAAAUUUACGUCGAAGAUCCAUUUGACUGUAAAAAUACAGCACGAGCAAUUCAAAAUAUUGAAGAUUUUGGACGCAUUAAGUUGGCGUUUCUUAAUGCCAGAGAAAAGUUUUUAGGGAAGCAAGAUUUUGAUUUAUGUGAUAUCCUGCGAUAG